AGUAGAUCCAUAAAAAUAGAACAAUCCUCGAGGAAGCAGAGUCUGUCAGUCUCAUCCCUCCAACAGCACAAGCUGCAGCUUUUGUUCUGGAGUCGGAUGUUUUCGUAGCUCUCAAGAAGAAGUAAGAUAUUCUGCAUUGAAUCCAGAGCUGAAGACAGGAUGAAGAGGCUUCUAGUUGAGAUUCUCUGCAUCACUGUAGUUGCGCUCUGUGCUGCUGAUUCUCACCCGCUGAGCGAGGAAACGCUGCAAAAGCUGUCUGCAGCUGGAGAGCAGUAUGUCGAUGAGGAGAUCAAACAAACUUUACUGGGAGUGAAGCAGAUGAAGGAAAUGAUGGAGAAGAAAGAAGAGAAGCACAGACACCUGAUGGACGCCCUGAGACACAGCAGUGACAAGAAGAAGGGGGUGAUGCAGCUGGCCAAGGAAACAGAGCAGAAACUCGACGAAGCUGAGCAGAAAUGUCGAGAUUUAACCAAAUCCUCCUUUGGGAAAUGUCGACCUUGUGUGGAAGAGUCCUGUAAGGCCUUCUACACGUCUACAUGUCGCCGUGGCUUUGCUUCGUUUUCGUUUAAGGUGGAGGAGUUUUUCAGGAAAAUGGCCGCCCAGUUGGAAGCUUCAGAGCAUGUUUACAAUCAAAACCAGGAGAACUCAGACAGAACCUCCUCAGCCGAGAUCACAGAGGAUAAAUCCCAUCUGGAUCUGCUGCAGGCCGAAGCAUCGUUCAGCCAGCUGCUGUCAAACAUCAGCCUCCUGUACGACCACAGCGUGACCGUGGUGCAGAAGAUGCAGCAGGUGUUCGGUCGUUCCUUUCAAGCCUCCUUCACCUCAGAGCUUCAGCCCGGCCUGCUGUCAGCCGUGCAGGGGGAACCCAGCGCCGGCUUCCUCAGGACUGUGGGUUUGGAUCACAUCUUUGACUCCGUGUUUGACUUUGGAAAGAAUGUGGUGGAGAAAUUCAGCUCCUCGAUGGCUGAUGUGUUUGAGGAGAUGCAUGAAGCUGAAGAGUAUCUGCAGCAAGAUACAGGUUCGCUUUCUGCUUGGGGAGAAUCUCCAGGUGGAUAUCUGUGCAGACAACUAAGGAGACAAGCAUCAGAGUGCUGGCAGCUCCAAAACCUGUGUGAAACAUGCAAAGACUACCUGCUGAAAGAGUGUCCCAGUGUGCAGCCGUUGCACUCUGAGAUGGAGGAGAUGAACAUGUUGCUGAACGCCUCCCAUCAGCAGUACGACGACAGACUGCAGCUGGUCCAGAGACACACAGCCGACACUCAGAAGUGGCUCAGCAGCAUGGACGACAAGUUCGGCUGGAUCGGCCAGCUGUCCGGCAGCACGGUGGAGCCCAAAAGCAUCUUCAGCGUGAUCUCGGUGAAUCCACAGCAGCGGAUGAGGAAUAACAAACCUAAAGCAGACAGCACUGUGGUCGUCUCCAUACUGGACUCAACCCCAGUAACCAUACUGGUCCCAGCAGAUCUGGAGGUGGAUGAUCCUGCUUUCAUCCAGUUUGUCGCUCAGGAGGCUCUGACUCUCCAUAAACGGCAGAAUAAAGGAAUGGAGUAAUAUAAUCAUCUGAUCAUCCACACGGUUCCUCCAGAUGCUGCGUAAAGAGUCUGGUCCAUUCCAGUCUUCUUGAACAACUAAGCUUUAUCUUUAUAAAACUUGAAAAUGACCAUGUAGACCUCUAAACCUUCACAUGCACAGCUUAUGUUCUUCUUGUUUAUGUUUGUUGAUUCUAAUAGUUUUUAAAUGUAUCUGCAAUAAAAUUAUGUACGCUA